AUGGCCAAGGCAAAUCCUGAAACGGCGGCUGAGCUGAAAACAUUGCAUCGCAGCAGAGGUGCAGUCAAGGCAUCAUUGACUAGGCUUGAGUUGAACAUUCAGGAUGGUAGAACACUCUUCACGGCAGACCUUCUCUCCGCUUAUGAGAUUCAGCUUCAAAACAUCAUACAGAGAUUUGAGGAUGUUCAGCAGAAGAUCUACACGUGUCCCGAGGUCACGGACGAAGAUCUCGAUCAAGAGUGUUGUGAGGAAUCAACGUUCAAUGACAGAGUUGUGCAAGUCCAGGUAAAAAUCUCGCAGCUCAAUCGUACAGUACGUAGAGACGAGCACCCAUCCGUCACCAACACGGCAGCAACGGAAGACUUAACAAAACUCUGGCAACAGCAACUCGAGAUCAACACCAAGUUGGUAGAGUCCAUGAAGACACGAGGCAGCAAUGUCAAGCUUCCUCCAAUAGAGAUAAAGAAGUUCACUGGAAAUUACAGCGACUGGGCUUCCUUCCGCGAUAUGUACACAUGUACUAUCCACAACAAUGACGCCUUGACACCAGUCGAGAAGUUUAAGUACCUGAAAGGAUAUCUCAGUGGAGAGGCUGAGUCAGAAAUUGACCAAUUGGCCAUUACUGACGAAAACUACCCAGUGGCGUGGAAAGCAAUACAAGAAAGGUUCGAGAAGAAACAAAACAUUGUUUCGACACACAUCCAAUCGUUCCUUAAUAUUCCCGUCAUUGGAGAAGCCAGCGCAAAAUCACUUCGGGGCAUGUUCAGUAUGUCUCGCAAAGUAAUUAAGGCUCUUGACGCUCUCAACUGCGACCAAAGAGAUAUCUGGUUGGUGCACAUCCUAGUCAGCAAGUUGGAUAAGGAAUCUGUAGCGCUGUGGUCAAGGGAGACAUCGUCAUCACAAGUCGCAUCACUUCAUGAUUUUUUCAAUUUUCUGGAGAAACGGUGCGACUCACUGGAGAUGGUUCAAUCACAGAACAGUGGGAAGAGCCUCAACAAAUCUACAGAAAAAUCAACAAAAAAUGUGGUGAAGCAAAAGUCCACCCUGGCCGUCACACAAACGAAGAAAUGUGCAAUCUGUCAGCAAGAAGCACACCAAGUUUUCCAGUGCACCAAGUUUAUCAAUUCCACUCCCACACAAAGAUUGGACCUAUUGAGGAAGGCAAAGCUUUGCAUCAACUGCAUAAGAGGAACGCACAGCGUUGAAUCCUGCCAAUCUUCAAGUUGUAGACGAUGCAACAUGCGUCAUAACACGCUUCUUCAUGAAGCAUUUCACACACCACAGUCACAGAGUGGAGACACAGCAGCUCCCUCUACUUCAUCUGCUUCUGACAACAGCCAGAGCAACGGGGCCAUUCCCAAGGCUAAUGGAAACGCAGCAGUUCCGCAGCCACAAACCACAGCAGUCAUUCAGUCAGAUACAGUGUCCACGACACUUAUGACUCGUCCAUCAACAGUUCAUCAAUCAGUCCUACCAACAGUCAGUCUCUUCUUGAUUGACAACAAUGGGAAGAGACACAAGUGCAGAGGACUUCUGGAUUCCUGCAGCCAGGCAAACCUUAUCACAAAAAGGCUUGUUGACAAAUGCGGAAUUCCUACGUACAUCAAACCAGCACAUUCAAUUUCCGGAAUUGGAAGCCAAUCUACAAAGGUCACACAGGCCGUCAUGGCGACAAUCAACUCCCGGAACCACACAUUCGCCACCAAGUGCGAGUUUCUGCUCAUGGAAAAUAUUACCGAUGAUCAGCCAGUCAGUGAUAUAAACCUCGAGUGGAAAAUUCCCAACGAUGUCUUUCUGGCAGAUCCGGACUUCGCAAAACCGGGAAAAAUUGACAUGCUCCUCGGCGUGGAUAUUUUCACACAAGUGAUCCGUGCUGGAAGAGUCGAGGGCAACCCCACGUUGCUCGAGACAGCUCUAGGAUAUGUGGUAGCAGGCAGCUUCACAUCUGGAGGAGACAUGUUGAAUUGCAGUUGUCUCUGCUCCACGCAGACUCUGGACACACUGCAUCAUGCCAUUGAGAAAUUCUGGAUGAUUGAGGAACCAUCUUCAAUCAAAUCAUCUCCAAAGUCAGAGGAAGGAGAAUGCGAAAAACAUUUCGCCCACCAUGUCACCCGGGACGGCAGUGGACGAUACAUCGUGAAACUGCCUACCAAGGAAAAUGUCACACAACUCGGUGAAUCUCGUGACUCUGCUUUGAAGAGGUUUCGCUGCAUUGAGAGAAGACUUCAAAGGGAUCCAGCAAUCAAGGAACAGUAUACUGCAUUCAUGAAGGAAUAUGAGGAUCUCGGACAUAUGAGAAAACUCCCUGGGCAUUACGAGUCUGAUAAACCAGCAGUUUAUCUUCCUCAUCACCCUGUAAUGAAGCUUUCAUCUUCAUCUACCCCCGUCAGGGUGGUUUUUGAUGCUUCGGCCAGAACAUCCAGCGGGAUUGCACUCAAUGAUGUCCUAAUGGUUGGCCCAAAAAUACAGGACGACAUCUUCUGCAUUUUGCUCAGGUUCCGACAGCAUCCCAUUGCCAUCAAAGCGGACAUCCGCAAAAUGUUUCGCCAGAUCCGUGUGGCUGACGAGGAUCAGAAUCUUCAGAGAAUAUUCUGGCGGGACUCCCCAGACAAGCCGAUUGAGACCUACUUGCUGUCUACAGUCACAUAUGGCACAGCAAGUGCCAGUUUUCUCAGUACAAGGUGCAUUCAGCAACUCGCCAUCGAUGAAGGAGACUCACUACCCCUCGCCAAGGAAGCUACAAUGUCAGAUUUCUAUGUGGACGAUUUUCUUUCCGGAGGGUCUUCCAUACCAGCAGUUCAAGAGCUUCGUCAACAGAUGACAGAACUCAUGUCUCGAGGGGGAUUCCACUUGACAAAGUGGAUGGCAAGCGAUUCCGCAGCUCUUACAGGAGUUCCGGAGGAAGAUUGCGAUAUGAAUACACACGACAAAUUGGGCGGAGAAAACACCACAAAGGCUCUUGGCAUUAAAUGGGACACAUCACGUGAUGAUUUCACAUUCAAAGCAGCACCAUACACCGACAAGGUUACCAUGAGAAAUUUACUCUCAGAAAUUUCAAAAAUUUACGACCCAUUGGGAUUUCUUACGCCAGUAGUGGUUAGAGCAAAAAUUCUGAUGCAGGAUAUCUGGAGCAUUGAGGCGGAUUGGGAUGAUGACUUGUCUGACCACCCAGACAUUGUUAACAGAUGGACAAACUAUCAAAAAUCAAUGCCUGAUGUUGCAGAGAUAACCAUUCCCCGAAGGUUAACAUCACUCGAGCAUCCAGCAGAGUGCCAUCUACUUGUAUUUUGUGAUGCUUCAGAGAAAGCUUUCGGCGCCUGCAUUUACGUCAAAACAAUUGACGAAGACGGCAAUUCAACUUGCCAGCUGCUCUGUGCCAAAUCAAAAGUUGCUCCGCGCAAGGAGGUAACACUUCCCCGUCUAGAACUUUGUGGUGCAGUCCUGGCCAUGAAGCUACUCCAAGCUGUUCAAAAAUCACUCACAAUCAAGGUGGAUUCUAUCACAGCCUUCACUGACUCAACAAUCGUUUUGCAUUGGCUAGCAGGUGAGCCUCAAAGGUGGAAAAAGUUUGUGGCAAAUCGAGUCAAGGAAGUGCAGGAGCAAUUGCCAAGGGAACACUGGUACCAUGUGCCGUCAAAGCUGAACCCAGCGGACAUUUGUUCCAGAGGAACCACUCCCAAGGAAUUAGCAAACAACAACUUAUGGUGGACUGGACCAGACCUGUCACAAAUCCUAGACAAGCAACCAGAUGUCUUCAUGGAAACUUCAGAUGAGAGACUUGAGCAGAGAAAAACCUUCGCUGUCAGCCUUGGGCAACAUUCAACAAAUGUUUCCAAUUCUGCGAAUUUCUGGGCCAUCCUGGAAAGAUUUUCCUCACACUCAAGAAUGCUCAGAUAUCUCACGUACUGGAGGAGGUAUUUCCAAAACCUGAAGGCCAAAGUCGAUAAAUCCCCAUUAGAUUUCUCGGCACUGAGGGUGGAGGAAAUACAGAAGACAAAUCAACACAUCAUUCGAGCCAUCCAGAAGCAGUCUUUUCCAAGUGAAUACAAGUCUCUUCAGGAAGGAAAGCAGGUGCCAAGACAGUCCCGUGUGGCCAAAUUGAACCCAUUUCUGGACGACUCGCAGAUGAUUCGUGUUGGAGGUCGCAUCCAGGCCUCAAAUCUGACAGUGGAGCAGAAGCACCCAAUACUUCUGCCUCCCAAACACCACCUGACAAGACUUAUUUCUGACAUGACGCACCUACAGACUUGUCACGGAGGACCUCACAUGAUACUCGCCACAAUGAGACAGAUGUACUGGCCACUACGCGGGCUUGACGUUGCCAAGGCUACCGUGAGACAGUGCAUCAGGUGCUUCAGGUGCAAUCCCAAGGCUGCACACCAAAUCAUGGGGAACCUGCCACCAGCAAGAGUCCAAUUUUCUCGACCGUUCCAGAGAGUGGGAAUCGACUUUUGUGGACCAUUUCAAAUCAAAUUGCCCUUGAGAGGAGGACGCUCGACAAAAAUGUACGUAUGUGUCUUCAUAUGUUUUAUUUCUAGAGCAAUCCAUCUUGAGCUGGUGUCCGACUUGUCCACGGAAGCCUUCCUGGCCUCAUUCAAGCGAUUUAUUGCUCGUCGAGGAAAACCCACUGACGUAUUUUGCGACAAUGGGAAGAAUUUCGUUGGUGCAUCAUCCCACCUCGCUGACGUCCAGCAAUUCUUGUCUGAAAAGACAACAAGGCACAUCAUCACAAAAAAUGCCGCAGAUGACAACAUCUCAUUCCAUUUCAUACCGCCGAGAAGUCCCCACUUUGGAGGUCUCUGGGAAUCCGCGGUGAGAGCUUUCAAGCGACAUUUUUACCGUGUGAUCGGGAAUGAGAGGCUCACUCAGGAAGCGUUUACUACAGUUCUCGCCGAAAUAGAGAUGUGUCUUAACUCCCGUCCACUCAUGCCACAAUCAGACGAUCCAUCUGAUCUGGAAGUUGUCACGCCAGGACACUUUUUGAUUGGACAGUCACUCAACACUUUGCCGGCUCAUGACGUCAGCAAUGUUCCCAAGAAUCGCCUCAGUGUCUGGAGACAACUUGACCAGAUUAGACAGCACUUCUGGAGCCGUUGGAGUCGAGAGAUUCUCACAAACAUGCAAGUGAGAAGCAAAUGGCAAUUUCCUCAGGAAAAUGUCAACAUUGGAGAUUUGGUGCUUCUCAUCGAAGACAACCUUCCACCACUCGCUUGGAUCACCGGGAGAAUCACAGAGACUCAUCAAGGGAAAGACGGCAAAAUUCGGGUAGUCAAUGUACAAACUUCAUCCGGAAAUUACAUGAGAGCCAUCACCAAGAUUGCACUGUUCCCGAAAGAGAAUAAUCCAGAAGUUGACACUUCUGCCUUGGGCAAUAUGUCGUGA